CCACUGUAGAGCUCAGCUGAACCACGCUGCUUCAUUGUCAAGCCGGCGCGUGAGAGCUGGAAAGCUAGCAUGCAGCUGUGCUGCUCCUUUUCCGGGUUUAGCUUUAAUCACAGAGGUCAUAAAGGCGAUGUGUAGGGGUUUUCACACUUAUGCAUGUCUUGAUACUGUAAGUGCAUGUUUAUGUGUUGAGGUCAAACUCGAGGAAAUCACUAUCAUCAAGUCGUAUUUGCACUCUAUCUAUCUCUGUGUGUGUGUAUAACAGCUGUGUGGACGCUUCAGAUGCUGUUAACAUUCAUUAGUCACUGUUGGGCCCCUGAGCAAAGCCCUUAACCCUCUCUGCUCCAGGGGUUCUGUAUCAUUGCUGACCCUGCACUCUGACCCCAGUUUCUCACAUGCUGGGGUAUCCGCAGAAAAGAAUUUCACUGUGUGUAUACAAGAUCUGUGACCAGAUUAGUGACGCUGUUCUUGAUGCCCAUCUUAAGCAAGACCCAUGUGCCAAAGUGGCUUGUGAGACGGUAGCCAAGACUGGAAUGGUCCUGCUGGCUGGAGAGGUGACGUCUCGUGCCACCGUGGACUACCAGAAGAUUGUCCGCGACACUGUCAAACACAUCGGCUAUGACGACUCCUCAAAAGGCUUUGAUUAUAAGACCUGCAACGUGUUAGUGGCUUUGGAGCAGCAGUCUCCGGACAUCGCCCAGGGAGUUCACUUGGACCGUAACGAGGAGGACGUUGGCGCAGGGGAUCAGGGUCUGAUGUUUGGCUAUGCCACGGAUGAAACGGAAGAGUGCAUGCCCCUCACCAUCAUCCUGGCCCAUAAGCUCAACGCCAAAAUGGCUGAACUGCGUCGCAGCGGAGUCCUGCCCUGGCUUCGACCGGACUCCAAGACCCAGGUGACUGUGCAGUAUAGGCAGGACCACGGUGCCAUGCUGCCAGUGCGUGUGCACACGAUCGUCAUCUCUGUGCAGCACGACGAUGACAUCUGCCUGGACGAAAUGCGUGACGCCCUGAAGGAGAAGGUGGUGAAAGCGGUAGUGCCAUGCAGUUACCUGGACGACGACACCGUUUACCACCUGCAGCCGAGCGGACGCUUCGUCAUCGGGGGACCUCAGGGCGAUGCUGGAUUAACCGGUCGUAAGAUUAUUGUAGACACAUACGGAGGUUGGGGUGCCCACGGUGGCGGUGCUUUCUCUGGGAAAGAUUACACUAAAGUCGACCGCUCCGCUGCCUACGCGGCCCGCUGGGUGGCCAAGUCUCUGGUCAAAGCUGAACUCUGCAGACGUGUACUUGUACAGGUUUCCUAUGCAAUCGGAGUGGCUCAUCCUCUGUCUAUCUCUAUUUUCCACUAUGGCACGUCGAAGAAGAGCGAGCGGGAACUGCUAGAGAUUGUCAAGAAGAACUUUGACCUUCGUCCAGGAGUCAUUGUGAGGGAACUGCAGCUGAAGAAGCCCAUUUAUCAGAAGACGGCUGCGUACGGCCACUUCGGCCGCGACUCGUUCCCGUGGGAGAUUCCUAAAAAGCUGCAGUACUAAUCUGCUAUCAAACUCGCCUCCCUCCUCAAGGUCCGCUGACGUAAGCUACAGAGAAGUCUGCAUGGCCAUAAAGGAGGAGGUGGGGGGAGGUGGGGGGGGGGCAUGCUCCAUACUCCACACUCCACACAUGCUCCAUACUACAGAUUUUAUUCACACAUCCAUUUAGAUUGUAUUUAAUAACCAAUGAAGUGUUCAACGGUUUCAACUACGUGCAAAGCAACAGAAACGAUAAAAGAUUAAUCUUUAUAAAGAUAACGUUUGUUUUGAGUCAUGAACUAUUCAAGACCAUAUAUUUGAUCAGAUUGUGCUCUGAUUUCAUGCAUUAUUUGGUUAUUCCUCUCCAUUACAUGCAGAUAUGGUCGCUUAGUUUACAAGCUAUUUCUGGUUGGUUAAACGUGUACUACACAAAAAAACAACACUAAAAACCAAUGGUGCUGUAAGAUGGAAGAUAAAACCUCCAGUACCAGCUUUUUUUAAAGGCCUUUUCUCGAUCGUGUUCACCGUCACCUUACUUCGCCUGGUUGAGAUUAGUGUUUUUAAAUGGCGCUAGUGUUUUACAGAGAAACUAGCUUUGCUUACAUUCAAUCUCUCCUGUCCCCGAGACUUUUUACUCCAUACUGUUAUUUUAGCAUUUCCGUUUAUUUAUAGCAAUUAACAAUAAAAUAUUUUGCAUCCUCCCAGGUGUUGUCGGUGUUAAUAUGAUUAACAACAUUGUUGCUAUGGCAUUAAUUAGCUGUGGUUUAGUAGCAAUAAACCAGGUUCAACUAAAACGGAAAGUUUAUCUGGUGUGCAAGUCUAAGAAGAAAAAAAAGUGAGCUUUUAGAAAAAGUGCAGUUGCUGUGGACGGUCUCAUUUGGAUACCCUACAGGUUUGCACUUUUGAUCACAACCGUUUAUGCCCAAAUCUUCCCUUGCUUCAGUGGAUGUAUAUACUUUUAGAUUUGUAACUUGUAAGAACCGCUGCUGUAAUCAUAAAGACGGUCCUGUGCUCAUGCCAGGACGUGUAUGCACGAUCUUACUCAUCCUGAACAUCCUUUCUACUGGGUACUGGGGUUAGUUUACAGUAUACAGGUGUAGAAGAGUAAUGAUUUAAAUUCCCACGGUCAGGUGUCACCCAGAAGAGGACUGGUCCCAGUUUAUGUUUUCUGAAAACCUGAACUGAAAUAACUGAUGUAUGCAGAGAGUGUCUUUUACAUUCAUUCAAAUUGGUAUAAAAAGGUUAGAAUCAGUGGGUUGUGUGUAGGUGUGUGUGUGUGUACAGUAGGUACCUUUCAAAGAGCCAUCAAGAGCUAUUUCUGGUUUCUCAUGUGACUUUUCCUUCAAGCCUUACAGUUCAAAUGUCUGGCUUGGACAUAUAACCACCAGUGUUUCGUACAUCCUUUUAAACCAGUCUGUUAAUCAUGAUAAUGGUGCUCUGUUCAUAAUUCUGUACAGUGCUUCUUGGUUAGGAUCAGAGUGUGUGCUGUGAUUAAUUGCAGACCGGAUGGUAGGCAA